CAAUGUAAACACUAGCCGUCCUCCUCUGCCGCCUCCUCCUCCGUCUCCUUCAUCGGAUGCUCGGGGCUGUGCAGCGGCGCCAAAGCAGGCGAAAAUGGCAAGCUUGACUCGAAGCGAGGACCGCUAUUAUGAAAAGAUAACGUCGAUUCAGCAAAGCAUGCAUAAACGGGAGAGGCGAAGGCUGGAGCUGGAGAGGGAGCUGUUUGCUUACUCCAGAUCCGACAAAAGAAUCUCGCAGAUAAAGUGUUCCAAACUGCGCAGUUAUCUCAAGGAAAUCUGUGACAGGGAAGCACAAGCGAAAAUGAGAAACCUUGAGCUUCUGAGAGAUGUGGAGAGCAUAGAAAUUAACAUGAAGGAAUAUAGUCCUGACCGUGGCCCCCUGCAACAACAAAAGGCUGACUAUUUGAAAAAGAUUUCCAGAUUUAUGGGAACAAGGGAGAAAAUGGUGCAGGAGCUUGAAGCAGCAAAGGUCGAAGCUGCGCGUAAGCAACACAGAGACAGCAGCCUCUCUCACCUGGCUAAGGACUGUGCACCGGCACCGGUGGAAAUUUUUAUGGACCACCAGACUACCAGAGGGUCUGACGCUGAGGUUGGCACCACAAGUGUACACUCACACCAAGCAUUGCAUCGUUCGCCCAAUCGCAGCAUGCACUCCCGCGAACGUCUACCAAGUGGCCUUUUGAAGGACUUCAGAGUUGGCGGAGAGGAUGCCGCCAGCAACCGAGCACAUUUAUCAGAUGACAUUUCAGGCUCAAACGAUUCCCCUGACGCCAGUAAUUUGAGUGACAAACAUGAAAGAACGAUGGGGCCGCUCCCAUCUGUUCGUGCCUUAACAGCCGCAGCUGGCGGCGUGGCUUUUGGAAGUGAUGAUGAGCGAGAACCUUCACCUUCGGUGACCUUGACGGUGCCUGAGAAGAAUCCAUCUCCCAGCAGCGGUAGCCCCACGAGGGCUCAGAAUUCCCCCGCAGAACACUUUGACUCCCAAGAGGUGGCUCAUGAGCCACACAUAAUGGAAGAUGAAGAGAGAGGUCCUGGCCAUUUGAUGCCUGAAACCACUUUUGGAAAAGAAGCUCAUGAAACCCCAGGUAGACGUGAGAGUGUCGGCACACCAAGUUCUGAUGUGCAGUUGUCAGAGAGCAGUGCUACUGACCUGACAAUUUCUCUGACACAAUCUGAGCUGGAGGAGGAUCUGCCAGAGGAAUCUGAGAGGAAUGACACUUAUGAAUGGAGCGAUAAUCCCAAUCAGCACAGUCCCGAGUCGUCCCUCCAUUCUCGUGGGUCCAGGGACAAACCACACACGAACAGUGAAUCCUCAGCUCCUGUGGUGACCCUGCAAAGCCUCUCCCAGGAAGGACUCUUCAAUCUGUUAGACAGCAUCGAAGGACGGCUCCACAGCGAACAGACCCACUUGUACGGAGAUUCUUCAAUCGAUGGAAGACGACUCAAUAGAAUUAUCAGCCUUUGUGGCGAUGGAGCGGGCUUGAAUGACGAGGACCUUGAAGCAUGUGGAGCAGUCGUCCUUCAUGAGCUUCAGAGGUUGUCAUGGAGCACGGAAAAGGGCUGCCUGCUCCCACGAGAUCUAGUGAGUGCUUAUCAGUCCAGCGCUGAGCCUGAUGAAAUAAGCACCAGCCUCCCUCCCAAUGCUGCUCGGCUGUGGGAUCGCUGGUUCAAGCACGCCCUUGUGCUCAAGGAGCACCGCGUCCUCAGCACUGAGCGCUUGGUCCAACUGUUCACGCCGCUGCUGCUGAAGCGCCAUGCCAGCUACAGCCACCAGGCCAAAGUGUUGCUGAGGACACUUCUGUCCCGGUCCAGUGAGGAGUGCCCCUCAGCCGAGGACGAGAGUGACAUAUCUUCUUUGUGUGGUCCUUCUUCUCCCCUGGCUGACAGUGAUGUGAAGCCUGCCAGGCCGGCACAGAAGCAGAGGAGUCAAGAACUACAAAGUACUGAAGAGGACAGCGAGGACGAAAGCCCUGUGGAAAGUGGUCCUAUUAGAGAGACAAAAGCAUAUCAGUUACUUAAGCAAUCAGCCAUGCAGGAAAGGCUGCAGAGUUCUGAAGAGGAGGAGGAGGAGGAGGAGGAGGAGGAGGAUGGACUCUCAGGAAUAAAUCGUGGCCAUGAAGAGGACCUGGGGAGGGCCAAACGCUCCUCACAUCAAGACCCUUGUCCCCGGAGAGAGAAGACCAACGCAAAAGCUCAUUCUGCUCGACAGUCAAAACCUUUCUGGGGGGAAUCAGAUGACAGCAACUCAGAGAUAGAAGCUGCCUUACGUCCUCAAACUUACAACGCAAACACAGAUGACACUGACGAUUUCUAUGACUGAAAUUAUUUAUGCUGAAUUUGUUUUAAAAAUGCUCUACAUUAUAUCAGUGCAAAAUUCCAGGCAAAUUAACUCAUGGCAAUUCACCCCUUGACCAUUAUUUUAGCGGCCUGCAUUGUAAAUCAUAUGCACACUGUAUUGUAAAAACAAAUAAUAAAGUUGACGGCUCUCAUGCUGGUUAAAGUAUGUGAAGAGUUGUCCAACAUGCUGAUGUUAA